AUAUCAGUAAAAAUUUGCCUCGGAGUAGCUGCCAAAGAGACUGUAGGAAGUAGUAGCCGUAGUGAUUGCAUCAUAUUUUGGUUGCUCUGUUUCUCUUUCUCUCUCUCUUUCCCACUCUCUCCACACAAACCCCAUAGCCAGAUCUUCUCCGUCUUCUCCAAGAAGCCAACGACCCAUUUCCCCAUUUUCCAUUUUUUAGUUGUUUUUUUUUGUACAGUACAACAUUGUAGUGUAGUGUACGAGAAGAAUUAGCAAAAGAAAAACAACCCAUAAAAAAGCCAGCCCCUUUUUAUUAGUUUUGGUUGUGGUGGUAAUUGAUUCAUUCAUCUACUCUGGUGGGUUGGGUUUGCUUUCUUCCGAAGCUACAGGGAGCUGAUUAUAAAUAUAUACAGUACAUGUUAGGUUCAUUGGGAACUUUGAUUUGAUGAAUGCUGUUGUCCAUUAAAGCUUUCACGAUCUCUGUUUCCCACACGAGAAUUCGCUGUUCUGUUCACGGAAAAGCAAGCAUCUUAGCAUCCCCAGAAAUUUUUCAGCAGGGAUUUCUGUUAUAUAUAUUGACGGGCUUUUUAUUGGGUUGUUUACUACUUCAAUCGAUCAUUGAAAAAAUGGGUGUUGGGUUUGCAGUAUUGAGGAAGAUUUCUGUGGUUGUGUUCUUGAUUCUGCAGUUUGGUUUUUAUGGCCAUGCAAUUUUGGACCCGAUUGAUUUCUUGGCUUUGCAAUCUAUCCGUAAAAGCUUGUCUGAUUUGCCCGGUUCUAAUUAUUUCGCUUCCUGGGAUUUCACUUCCGACCCAUGCAAUUUCGCCGGUGUUUACUGCGAUGAAGAUAAAGUCAUUGCCCUGAACCUGGGUGAUCCGAGAGCUGGUUCACCUGGGUUAACGGGUAGGCUUGACCCGGCGAUUGGUAAGCUCUCUGCCCUCGCCGAGUUCACUGUCGUUCCCGGACGGAUCAUCGGCCCCUUGCCGGAGUCUUUAUCGCAGUUGAAGAACCUCAGGUUUCUCGCUGUCAGCAGGAAUUUCAUCUCCGGUCAAAUUCCGGCAACUCUCGGUGAGCUCCAACGGCUGCAGACACUGGACCUCAGUUUCAAUCAGCUUUCCGGGAGUAUUCCAUGGUCCGUUGGAGCUUUACCGGCAUUGUCCAACGUGAUCCUCUGUCACAACCGUCUAUCGGGUCAAGUCCCGCCGUUUGCAUCGCAGACCCUGACCCGGUUAGACCUGAAGCAUAACGAGCUUUCCGGAUCCUUCUCGCCAACUUCCCUCCCUCCUUCCCUCCAGUACCUCUCACUCUCAUGGAAUCAGUUCAGCGGGCCUGUCGACUUGCUCCUGACCCGAUUAACCCGGCUAAAUUACUUGGACUUGAGCUUGAAUCAUUUCUCGGGUUGCAUUCCGGGCGUCGUGUUUAGCUUCCCCAUCACCAAUCUCCAGCUCCAGAGGAACUAUUUUUCCGGUCGGGUUGAACCGGUUGAUCAAGUGGCUAUCCCCACCGUCGAUCUUAGCUACAACCGGUUGUCCGGCGAAAUAUCGCCGCUGUUCGCGACGGUUCAGAAUCUAUACUUAAACAACAACAGGUUCAUGGGUCAGGUUCCGAGCAGCCUAGUGGAUCGUUUACUAUCGGCAAGCAUCCAAAUUUUGUAUCUACAGCACAAUUAUCUGACCGGAAUCGACAUCAAUCCGACGGCUGAUAUCCCACUGAGUAGCUCAUUGUGUUUGCAGUAUAAUUGCAUGGUGUUGCCGGUGCAAACGCCGUGCCCGCUCAAGGCCGGGAAGCAGAAGACAAGGCCGACCGAUCAGUGCAUUGAGUGGAAGGGUAAAACUAAGAAUUAAUUAAUUUAAUUAAAAGUUUUUAGUUAAUCUGUUGUGAUGGGGAAAAGGGGAGAAAUCGGCGUUGAUUUCAUCUGGGCCAUUUUGAUUUUUUGGGAGGGUGAAUCCAUGAUCAUCAAUUCAUCAUCGUUCCAUAUAUAUUUUGUGUAUUUUUUGGUGGAAGAAAAAAAGGGAGGCAUAUAUAGAGAGAUUAUUCAUUUAUUUGAUUUAAUUUUGUGAAAUUUCUAAGUACUACUAGUAGUUUUUAAGUAGUGACAUCUUCUAAUAAAAUGUAAAUUGUUGAUAUCCAUCUAUAAAAGCUUCAAGUGCUUCUUUGAGAUUUCAUAUUGCCUCUUUUGAUUUUUGGUUGAUCAUUCAUUUCAUAAAUUAGUGAAAUUUGGAGUACUCAUUUGUGUUUGAUCUAUCUUUUGUGUUUUAGUCAUAAUGGGCAGUGAUUACUAUUUCUACAGUGGUUUUUUUGUUCUUCUUUUUUUUGUGCUUC